AUGCCUCCAAAACCUCCACCUUUCAUUGAUAUAACAAAAGAAAAUGUGACUUCCCUCCAGCACGUCAUUAAACAAACAUUAAAUUGUGCUAGUUUCAUAGCCUUGGAUACCGAGUUUACUGGCUUAGGCGGAAAAGAAGUUAACACUAGAGCUUCUAAUAUUGAAGAGCGUUAUGUUAAUUUAUGUAAAGUUGUUAAAACACAUGCUUUAGUCGCUUUUGGUCUUACGAUAUUUGAAGAAGCUAAAAACAAUAUACAAGGAGGUUCUGAAUCCUUGGAAAAGCAAUAUAACGUUGAUCAUAUCAUAAGUCCGCAAAGCUUACAGUUUUUAUCUGAUAGUGGAUUUGAUUUCAACAAACAGAUUCGUAAAGGGAUUCCAUACACUCCAGGAUGUGAUAAGUCAAACUCCAAUUCCAACGAUCCAAAUUCUAUUAUGCGAUCUUUAUUCUCAUACAUUCUAACCAGAAAUGUGCCGAUUGUUGUUCAUAAUGGAUUCCUCGAUUUGAUAUAUCUUUAUUAUUCAUUUUAUGCAGAUUUACCUGAUAAAUUAAAUAGUUUUAUAGCAGAUUUAUCCGAAAUGUUUUCAGGAGGUAUUGUAGAUACAAAAUACAUCGCAGAUUUUGUUACAAGGGAAAAAAGUAGUUUUUUAGCAUAUUUAUUUCGCAAAUAUGAAAGGGAGCAAGUUGAUAAUAAAUUUUCUAACAGCAAAGAAUAUUUAUUCUUACGAAUUCAGAAUUGCAUCAAGAAUAAUCACAAUGAUCAGUUUUUGCAAUCAAAUCAUUUCGAAAUUUCUAAAAUGGAGGAGCUAUCUUCAAAACGAUCAAGGGACAAAAGUUAUUGUGAACAAUACGCCCUUCAUGGAUUUUGUAAACUAAGAAUGAGAUGUGGCAAUUCACAUGAUUUAGACUUUAUAUUGGAUGAACAAGCAAAAGAGGCUGGAAAGAAACGUAAAAAACGUAAAUUAAAUCAAAGUCAACCCCAAACUUCAAGAGAAAUUUAUCAAUCAACAGAACAUGUAUCAGCCUCAGAACCACCAACUCUUUUACCUUCAACAAAACCAGAUCAAUUUGAUACAUAUCAUUCGGCGCAUUUUGACGCUUAUAUGACGGGAUUUAUUUUCGCUAGACAAAUUUUGAAAUAUAACAAAUCAAAAGUAAUGAAUGAGUAUAAGAACAAAUUAUAUCUUAUCGGAAAAAAUUUACCACUAUUAGUCGAGAAAAGUCAUUUCAGCAAAACUAGCGAAGGACAUAAACAAAAAAUGCUUACUUUGUGA